UUGAGCGCGAGACGCACAGGAUUCAGACACGCGUAAAGUAGCAGAGCACGCGUUUCACACAGAACUAUAUGGACUUGUAGUCGUUCGUUCCCAAUCGCAUGAAGAGCACGAGAAAGGUGGACAUUAUUAACAAGGAGCCAUAGCAAUAAUACGAAUCUUAAGAAAAUCACUUCAGAAUCGGGAUACACUUCCAAGCAGCACAACAAGACAACUCGGCUGACUAAGCAAGAGGUAGUGCCCGUCAUGCAGCACUAUGGAGUGAACGGCUACUCUCUCCACGCGAUGAACUCCCUGAGCGCAAUGUACAACCUGCACCAGCAGGCCGCGCAACAGGCGCAACACGCGCCAGACUAUCGACCUUCUGUGCACGCGCUCACCCUCGCGGAGAGACUGGCUGACAUCAUUCUGGAGGCUCGCUACGGGUCCCAGCACCGUAAACAGCGCCGGAGUCGCACCGCGUUCACCGCACAGCAGCUCGAGGCACUGGAGAAGACCUUCCAGAAGACCCACUACCCCGAUGUUGUGAUGCGCGAGCGCCUGGCCAUGUGCACGAACCUCCCCGAGGCCCGCGUGCAGGUGUGGUUCAAGAACCGCCGGGCCAAAUUCCGCAAGAAGCAACGUAGCCUGCAGAAGGAACAGCUCCAGAAACAGAAGGAGGCCAACCUAGAGGGAGGUGACGAGGAGGAGGCUCCCACCACCAUCACUCCAGAGAACCAGCUCCCCCCAUCCUCUUCCUCCUUGGAGGUUGAGGGUCCGCCCCUUCUGUUGGUGCCGGAAAUUAGCGUGGAGUUGAACGUGACCUCGGCGGAGCAGUCAGGCAGCGAGUCGGCCACAGAGGACAAUGCCACCGAUAAGGAGGAGGAGUCUAACCCACAGAGGGAGGAGUUAAAGAGUGAAAGGGUGAUGACGCCCGGCAACGUCUCUCCACCCUGCAAACGACUUAGCCCCAAACCUGAAUCCCCUAUGGUCUCCCGGUCUGUGACGCCCUCUUCCAGUGGUGUCAGCGGUGGGAUCUCCCAGAGCCACUCCUACUCCUCCUCCCCGCUCAGCCUCUUCUGCCUGCAGGAGCAGUUCCGCCAGCACAUGGCUGCCACCAACAACAUGGCACUCUACCCUUCAUUCGACAUGGGCACCACCCCAACUCUGCCCUACCUGGGCAUGAAUGUCAACAUGUCUCCGGCGCCGCUGGGCUCCCUGCCCUGCCAAUCCUACUACCAGUCCCUGUCCCACCACGCAGCGCAGCAGGUGUGGAACAGUCCCCUGCUCCAGGCCUCCGGAGGGCUCCCCAGCCAAAACAGCAAGACCACCAGCAUAGAGAACCUCCGGAUGCGGGCCAAGCAGCAUGCAGCCUCCCUGGGACUGGACACGCUGCCUAACUAAGCCCAGGAUCUUAGUGCGACCUAGCUGGGAGAUCGGUACUAUAUCCCACCCAUCCCUUGUCUGUAACCUCCAUAGCCCUACAGGAACCAUAUUCUCCAGCAGAUGGUUUCAGGGGAAUUAGUAGCCAGAGUUUUGAAAACCAAAAUGGCAAAUCACCCUGGACCGAGUUCUCUCCUGCUUCUUGCUUUAUCAGUUGCCUAACGUCUGGGAUUGCACAGGCUAUACACAGGAUCUCUAAAGCUGAGCAAAUACACUUCAUACGUAUUUACCUGUCUAGUGUUGCACUUGGUGAUAAAGACUUUGCAAUGUAAUGUUUACAGAUAAAAUAUGAAUUUAGGCAGUUUUAAGGGAAUUUGGGUCUUCAAGGGGGAAAAUACAUUUGUGCCAGCAUUGGUGGCAUUGAGAGACUAUUUGUACCAUGGGGCCAUUACCAUUUCAAUUAGGUCAUGUAGGUACAUAGCACAUUCUAAAAACACAAGCACAUACAUAAAUAUAAACUCAAGCCAUGUUCUCCUCAAUAUCCUAAUUAGAAGUGACUAAUUUACCAGUUUAAUGGCCAGUAUUAAAUCAUGUUGUACAGAGACUGGCUUGGUAAUGAGAAAAUCAUUUCAGUGACUAAAUGUGCAAAGCUUUUAAUUACAUUUUGCCCUGGGCAGAGGGGAGGGGAGCAUAUGGAAUUAUGAACAUGCACACUAUUUAUGAUUCCCUUAUACGUAACUUGGUAACAACAUCCCUCCACAAACGGAAUAGGGGUCCUUUAGGGCUGGGGUAGUCUCCAGUACUUUCUGUUGUACUCUUUAAGCACUUUAAGGAGUGGCCAAUCUUUAAAUUGUUGUCAAUUAUGCACCUGUGAUUCUCUCUGUGCUGGGAUCCCAUCAAGUCCAUCCACUCCGAUAAUGUAAAUAAUUGUAAUAUGUAAAUUAAGAAGAAAAAUAAGUCUAUCUAUUAAUGUUUACUGAUAAGGCAAAUGUAAAGGUGUUCAUAUGUUGUUAAUUGAUCAUAAACUGUCCAAGUUGCCGAUUCCUAUAGUUGUCAGAGUUGUACAGUAGUAUUUAAAUGGCUCACGCCAUUCCAUUACCUUCUAUUCCCUGGACUACUGAAGCUAUACUGUCUGGUAGUCUACAUAUGAGUUCCAUUGUGGCUGUGAUUGUAAAAGUUCUACUGUUUCUCUCCAGCCUGUCAUACUAACUGGUCCCGUGGUAGAUUUAAAAUGUUGGCGAGACUAAUCUGGAAACCAUAGGCAUUAUCAUUUUCUCUCUUUAACAAUGUAAGUUUGAAAAGUGAUGUUGUAAAAUAAAUCCUAAAUAAAGCCAUGCUUGGUCU